CCGGUCGGGAUCACUGGACUGGGCCCGAGCAGACGCGGGCUCGGGCUGCGGGGCUCGGGCUCGGGCUCGGGCUGCGGGCACAGGGCUAGCCGGGCGCGGAGCCCGGGAGCGGAGCCCAGGCCGUGCCGCGCAGUGCCAUGAAGGGCAAGGAGGAGAAGGACAGCGGCGCCCGUAUGGGUGCCGGCGGCGGAAGCCCCGAGAAGAGCCCGAGUGCGCAGGAGCUCAAGGAGCAGGGCAACCGGCUCUUCGUGGGCCGCAAGUACCCGGAGGCUGCGGCCUGCUACGGCCGCGCCAUCACCCGGAAUCCCCUCGUGGCAGUGUAUUACACCAAUCGGGCCCUGUGCUACCUGAAGAUGCAGCAACACGAGCAAGCGCUGGCUGACUGCCGGCGCGCCCUGGAGCUGGACGGGCAGUCUGUGAAGGCGCACUUCUUUCUGGGGCAGUGCCAGCUGGAGAUGGAGAGCUAUGACGAGGCCAUUGCCAAUCUCCAGCGAGCCUACAGCCUAGCUAAGGAGCAGCGGCUCAACUUUGGGGAUGACAUCCCUAGUGCACUGCGCAUUGCUAAGAAGAAACGCUGGAAUAGCAUCGAGGAACGGCGCAUCCAUCAGGAGAGUGAGCUGCACGCCUACCUCACGAGGCUCAUUGCGGCAGAGCGAGAGAGGGAGCUGGAGGAGUGCCAGCGGAACCAUGAGGGUGAUGAGGAUGAUGGCCAUGUCAGAGCUCAGCAGGCCUGCAUCGAAGCCAAGCAUGUGAGGGCGCCCUGGCCCACAAAUGGGUCUGUGUGUUUACGUGAUGUGAGGGUGCCCCUGAUGCAUGUCUGGUCUGUGUGUGCCUGUAGGGAAUUGAGAUGGGUGUCUGAUCCAAGCGCAGUGCUCAAUUCUUCACAGGACAAAUACAUGGCAGACAUGGAUGAGCUCUUCUCUCAGGUAGAUGAGAAGAGAAAGAAGCGAGACAUCCCUGACUACCUGUGUGGCAAGAUCAGCUUUGAGCUGAUGCGUGAGCCGUGCAUCACGCCAAGUGGCAUCACCUAUGACCGCAAGGACAUCGAGGAGCACCUGCAGCGUGUAGGCCACUUUGACCCUGUGACCCGGAGCCCCUUGACCCAGGAACAGCUCAUCCCAAACCUGGCCAUGAAGGAAGUCAUCGAUGCAUUCAUCUCUGAGAAUGGCUGGGUGGAGGACUACUGAGGCACUCCCUAUAGCACCUUUCCUGGUAUCUUGACCUAGGAGGGGCCUGGGGCAGAAGUCCUGAUCCCUGUACAUAGUUAAUGUCUCUGGGCCCUGACCCCCAUCAGUUCUGUUGGGCUCUGACUUCUCUCCCUCUCAGCAUAGCUCUUGCUGGGCCUCCCCUGUCCUGUCUGGCUGGAAAACAGGUGAGGGUGGGUUGGAUUGAGGCCACCGCUGCUGCCACUGUCUCUGUAAUAAAAUCUGUGAGCAC